AUGCCACCCAAGGGGAAGAAGGCUACAAGCAAAACUGCGAAACGCCCACGGGAUUCUCCGGAUUCUCAAUGUGAUGAUGACUCGAACUACAGUGUUCCCACAAAGCCAGUAGAAAACCCCAGGUUUGAUAUCAGUGAUGAGGACAGUGCUUCAUCCGAUGGAGAUGAACAGCAAGCAAGGGAGUCUGUUCAGAAGAUGUUACAGGAACUUCAAGGUGACCUUACAAAGUCCUACCUUGCAAAGAGAAGGCAGUUUCGCAAAGAUAUAAAAACUUCUAUGGGAAUUCUUAACAGAAAAUUUCUGUGUAUUUUUAAAACACAACAAAAGGAAAGACGGAUGCUUCAUUCCAAAUAUUCUGAGAUGUUUGUGCCUUUGUUUGAAAAGUGGGAAAACGAUGUGCUGAAAGUUGAACAAGAAGAAGACAGUUUUGUUAAUGUGUCUCAACAGUAUGCAGAGAUUUUACACAAGAGUGCAAUGGCACAGAAAUCAGCCAUUGAUGAAGCCAAAAAGAUAUCUGAUCAGUUUCUACAGAGUAUCAAAGACAUGGAGGAUAAUCACCAACGUCUUGAUGCUAUUGAGCAAAACACAAUGGAAGAAGAAAUGGGAAACUUGAAGACGAAACUUGCGACAGAAAACCAAUAUCAGAAUGUAAUGGCUAUGGAAACAUGCCUUCGUUCUCUGCUCUCUGAGGACUACGAAGAAAAGCUGUGA